AACGAAACGUUCAAAUAUCAAUUUUGGUAUUGCAAAAAAAAAAAUGUAUUCCCGUUUUGUUUUUAUGUGUUUCGUACAGAUUUAUUUGAUUGAACUUUGUUGCUCAAAUUCAAAGGAUCUGCAUUUGAAUAAGGUCAGCACACACUCGAAUAAUAAUGAAAUGAAAAUAGACAAGGAUAAUAAAUACGAUGAAAUGAUAUCGAAGAACGAGAGAUUCGCGAGACACGCUGAAGCCAUAACGGAAAAUGUAGCAGAACACAUCUUAAAAGAAAUAAACAGAAAGUACCCCAAAACGGAUAAAAGAAAACGGAAAUUGUUGAGCGCAUUGAAAAAGAAAUAUGGAAGACAGAAAGAAAAGACACAAAAAAGAAAGAUGACUAAAAAUGAAAACCGAAAGAAAAUGACGACGAGGAAUUCGAAUUAAAAAUGGUUAUUAAAGAUUGAGAGAAAGAAUUGUUAAUAGAUGUUUUUAUUAGUACGAUCUAAAGGUUCAUAUGGAAUGCUGACCCUAAAAAAUAACUGCAAAGCUUAAAUAAUGAAGGAAUUUGGGAUCUAAGUUAUUAAGUUCAGGAUAAAAAACAAAUUAGCUUUAUUCACGAAAAGCUGACAUCUCAUCUUUCAUUAGAUUUUUUGGUCGCCACUGCGAUUUUAGUUAACUCUUCACUUUAAUGGUAAGGAUAUUUCUUGUUAAUAAAGAUUUGGAGAUAGUUCGAAAAA